GGGACGCCGCUCUCGUGUUUACGUCGUUCCUGCGGUAGCCAGGUAUUGACUGACCCGAAAAAUGCCGGAACCAGCUAAAUCCGCUCCCGCGCCCAAGAAGGGCUCCAAGAAAGCGGUCACCAAGACCCAAAAGAAAGGUGACAAGAAACGUAGAAAGACUAGGAAAGAGAGCUACUCGAUCUACGUGUACAAGGUGCUGAAGCAGGUGCACCCCGACACGGGCAUCUCGUCCAAGGCCAUGGGCAUCAUGAACUCCUUCGUCAACGACAUCUUCGAGCGCAUCGCCGGCGAGGCGUCGCGCCUGGCGCACUACAACAAGCGCUCCACCAUCACGUCGCGGGAGAUCCAGACGGCCGUGCGGCUGCUGCUGCCCGGCGAGCUGGCCAAGCACGCCGUGUCCGAGGGCACCAAGGCUGUCACCAAGUACACCAGCUCCAAGAGAGAUGCAUUUAAAAAACCUAGUAACAGAAAGAAGCUGUGGGUCGCAGAGGACAAGCCGGCCAAGUCCGCCCCCGCGCCCAAGAAGGGCUCCAAGAAGGCGGUCACCAAGACCCAAAAGAAAGGGGACAAGAAGCGCAAGAAGAGCCGCAAGGAGAGCUACUCGAUCUACGUGUACAAGGUGCUGAAGCAGGUGCACCCCGACACGGGCAUCUCGUCCAAGGCCAUGGGCAUCAUGAACUCCUUCGUCAAUGACAUCUUCGAGCGCAUCGCCGGCGAGGCGUCGCGCCUGGCGCACUACAACAAGCGCUCCACCAUCACGUCGCGGGAGAUCCAGACGGCCGUGCGGCUGCUGCUGCCCGGCGAGCUGGCCAAGCACGCCGUGUCCGAGGGCACCAAGGCUGUCACCAAGUACACCAGCUCCAAGUAGGGCGUCUCGGACCGUCACUUGCAACCCAAAGGCUCUUUUAAGAGCCACCCAUUUUUUCAAUUAAAAGGGCUGAAUCAGUGCUUGUAGUGGGAGGUAUGUAAACAGCCUUAACAUUUGCACGUUAGUUAGUAAAUCAAGUGUUCCUUUUUAUAGCAAAUUUAAAUGUACUUUUUAAGUUAUUUAAGAGUUUGUUUUGCUUGUGCUCGGUAUGUAAACUUGCUUGUUCAAAGCCUGUGAUCCGGUUCGGUUUUUAAUGGAACUAAAAAGCAGCGGAACUUGUCUGAAUACAAAUCCUGUGGGGAAGGUGGGUUUUUUUCUGAGGGGUUAAUGCCUUUUAUUUGGUUGACCUAGUAUUUACUUUCAGCGCACUAUAGUAGUAAAAUAAAUAUUUUUUUUUAUGUCUUGCCGGCUUAACUUUUUUAGAGGGGCUUGUAAAGUUUCGGGUUUUAUUAUUUUACUUACAUGUACCCUAACCUGCUGUUACCCCUACCAAUACUGGCUGUUACUAUUCAAGUAGGUGUUAAUACUUGAUUAGGCAAUAAAAAAGGUUUUCUUGAA